GCAAAGUCGUUAACAUAAAAAAAAAUAUAUAUAUGUAUAAAUUCUCGAUUGCCUACCAACCCGCAAAGUCGUUCAGUCGACGAUUGAAGGCAUAAAUUCAGUCGCUUCAGUCGCUUGCAAAAUGUUUUUUCGCUGAUCUGCGAUUGGAGAUGAAUCCACCCAGCACCCCGCCGCCACUACUAGCCCCAAGCCCCGUAGAUCUGACUCCAAAUUUCUUCUUUGGUAUAUUCGACAUGAGAAUCAGUCAACGUCCUCUACAUCAUCUUCUCGUUCCUUGACCUCUUCGACCUCGCUCACUGCUCUGUUGUUUGCAAAUCUUGGCAUGUGGUUAUCAACAAGUCUAAGCUGCUUCAAGUCUUUUACAUGCAGCAGCAGAAAUUGGAUGUUUCUACGAGUUUGGAGAAGCUUUUGAAUGUGUAUUUGGAGGAGGUGGCUAUGGAGCGCCAUAGAUUGGCUUUGGCUAAAGGAUCGAUUGUUGUUAAUCAGUGAAGAGGCCACUCAAUUGGGACGAAUUAAUGUCGAAUGAAGAGGGGAUUGCUUCUUACUGGUGGAGGUGAUAAGGUUAUGCGUCUCUGGUCGUUAGGAAACUAUAAAUGUUUGGAAGAAUAUUCAACACCAGACUCAACCUCUGUAAUUGACUUCAAUUUUGAUGAAUAUAAGAUUGUUGGAUUACUUGGCACUCGUAUAUGUAUAUGGAGGCGAGAUGGGGCAAGAAGUGUAUUUCCUCCUUGUGAGGGUACCUUUUCUAAGGGUUUAUGCAUGCAAUACUUAGAUCCUGAGGCUAUGGUCGGGUGUGAAGAUGGAACAGUUCGUGUAUUCGAUAUGUACAGUAAGAAAUGCUCUCGGAUAAUUAGGAUGCAUACCGGGUCAGUGACGUGCUUAUGUGUGAGCGACGAUCAACUGGUACUCAGCGGUUCUUCUCUAGGCAAUGUCAGCAUCUCAAGUCUUUCGUCCGAUCAACAGGUUUCCAAGCUAAGAACAAGAGAUUCCACAGUUACAUUUUGCAGGACAAUAAGAAUUUUAUGGGAAAAUCGAGUUAGCCCCAACGUUUUGUACUCCUUGCAACACCUAAGAAAUGACUCAUCAACAUUAGUUGUGGGCGGGAUAGACGGUGAAGUUGUUUCCAGAAUUGUUUUGGCAGGAAGCAUUUCAAGCUCUCGAGACAAGAAUGGAAUAGUUGCGAGAACAAGAGGAGCAAGGCUUGCAGAAGAUGUUCACACAUUAAGAUAAUUACUAUAUGAGUAUGAAUAUAUUGAGAUAAACUUACUGUUUAUUAUUAAUAACAAUGUGUAUAUCAUAGGUUUAUAUACACAAUUAUGACACUCUUAACAAGUUUACUUUUAUAAAACAAAUCGUUUAAACAAUAAUUUACAAUUAGUUACCGAAUUCUUGAACUAAAACUACUAAAACUUAAAUAAAACUAAUAUUUACGUGGCUCGCCACGUAACAUU